GGACCAACCAUGUUAGGAUUCUUUCAAUCUUUCAGGUCAACCUCGCAGAUUGCUAAUCUUUUCAUUGCCUUUGAAUCCAAGGUUUGGUGGUGAGUGCGACUUCCAAUGGUCCUACAUGUGGAUACUGCGGAGGGGUUCACACUGUAGCCAAACCAGACAAAGUCAUAGUCAGAGUGUUAGAAUCUACUUACAAACGUGUUUGGCAUGUUAACCUAUUUGAUUAUUGCGAUUGCUUUACUCGAUAUCGCGUAUACCACUUUUCUUAAUCACAAUUUGGUCCACCAAAAACAGCAAAAAUAUGGUGAAAGCGGUGAAGACAUCGCCAUGAAGCGGAUCAGGAUUCCAAGUAAGAAGGAGAAGCUGGCACCAAGCUCUAGCCACCCCAAAUAUCUGUCACAUGUUGAUAUAUGGUUGUCGUUUAGGCAACUCCAGCAACGGCUUUCAGAGUUGGUUUCUCAUUGUAUACGUCCUAUGAUCAUGACUUGGAAGCCGACUGAAUCAAAUUUGUCCCCAACUCCAGCUGCUCUCGACGUGAUAAUUAAAUUGGCUUGUGCUUUGGCGGACGUCCAUGUCAUAAAAUGCUUGUCUACGUACGUUUUUGCUGUAAAAGCGUUGGUCCGGUGGAAGUACGUAAUUGAGUGUGUGGAGAUGAACUUGAAGCUCUCGGAUCUAAGUGGUGAAGGAGAUACUAUAUGUAUUUACUAAAUGUGGAUCCGAAAUAAUGCGACGGUAUUUCAUUAUUUAACUUACGAAUUAAUUUAUUUCUAAUAUAUCCUAAUUUCUGAUCAGCCUCAUGCAUGGUAUAUAUCAUUGAUAUGUGAACGCUCGGAGUGAUUGUUGGGUUUUUGAUA